CCAUGCCUAUACCUGUCUUUGGAUUACAAGAUGACUCCAAAGUGUUUAAGAAAGGCAGCUGCUUACUUGUGGAUGAUAAUUUUGUCCUAGUAGGCUCUUUUGUGGCGUUCUUCAUCCCUCUAACCAUCAUGGUGGUCACCUACUUUUUAACCAUCAAGUCACUGCAGAAGGAAGCUACAUUAUGCGUGAAUGACAUUGGCCCAAAGACCAAGUUUGCUUCAUUUAGCUUCCUUCCUCAGAGUUCCCUGUCCUCGGAGAAACUUUUUCAGCGCUCUUUGAACAGAGAUGUGGGGACUUCUGGGAGGAGAACCAUGCAAUCCAUCAGCAAUGAGCAGAAGGCUUCCAAGGUUCUUGGCAUUGUCUUCUUUCUGUUUGUUGUGAUGUGGUGCCCGUUUUUCAUCACCAAUGUGAUGGCUGUAAUUUGCAAGGAGUCAUGCAAUCAAGAAGUCAUUGGAGGACUACUUAACGUAUUUGUUUGGAUUGGCUACCUUUCGUCAGCUGUCAACCCACUCGUAUAUACGUUGUUCAAUAAAACCUACCGCUCAGCUUUCUCUCGUUACAUUCAGUGUCGCUACAAGGAGGAGAAGAAACCUUUCCAGCUGAUUUUAGUGAACACUAUCCCAGCACUUGCGUAUAAUUCCAGCCAGCUCCAGCUAGCACAAAUGAAGAGUCUGAAAAAAGAAGCGAAAAUGAUGGCUAAGGAUUAUUCAAUGGUCACGAUAGGAAUACAUCAUUUGGAUGGUACCUCCAAGGGAAGUAUCAGCCCAGCGAACGAAAAGGUUAGCGGUGUGUGAUGGUCGGCAGCUGCCAUGACAACGACCAUGUGUAUGCUGAAAAUUUCACCUGGCUGUGAGAAGCUC